CCGGACUCGUGCCGCGAGUAUGCAACUACAAAGCUAGCGGAGCAAUGACCACGAUAUACCCAAUGACCUUCCUACACGUGGGCAAGUUUAAUUGGUUACUGAUUCUAUGGACGACUUUUCAUUUCCAACAGGCAAAUGACUGACUGACUGACCAUACCACUUACCGGCCCACCAACUCCAUACCGGCAGCCAUCGGAGAUUAGAUCUAAGCCGUUCAUUUUAUCAACAAAAUAUAAAUGCGAGAAGCCUAGAACCUUCUGACCUUGAGCUCUUAUAUAUUUUCUCUUCCGUUACACACCCCACAUUUGCUAGAUUGCUCUUGCACUGAACCCCGUCUCGUCGGAGCUUUUUAUAUCGGAUUAUAUAGCUGAGCUUAUCUGCCAUGGGGAAGUCUUAUCCAACUGUGAGUGCGGAGUACCAGAAAGCUGUAGAGAAAUGCAAGAGGAAGCUUAGAGGACUCAUUGCUGAGAAGGGAUGUGCUCCACUCAUGCUUCGCAUAGCAUGGCAUUCAGCAGGUACUUAUGAUGUGAAGAGUAAAACAGGAGGUCCCUUUGGUACAAUGAAGCAUCCUGAGGAACUCAAACAUGGAGCAAACAAUGGCCUUGACAUCGCUGUUAGGCUUUUGGAGCCAAUCAAGGAGCAGUUUCCCAUCCUCACAUAUGCUGAUUUCUAUCAGUUAGCUGGAGUUGUGGCUGUGGAGAUUACUGGUGGCCCUGAAGUACCUUUUCAUCCCGGGAGGGAGGAUAAGCCAAACCCUCCUCCUGAAGGUCGCUUGCCUGAUGCUACAAAGGGCUCUGAUCACUUGAGAACUGUUUUUGGAGAGCAAAUGGGGCUGAGUGAUAAAGACAUUGUUGCCCUAUCUGGUGGUCACACCCUGGGCAAAUGCCACAAGGAACGUUCUGGAUUUGAGGGGGCGUGGACUUCCAACCCUCUCAUAUUUGACAAUUCUUACUUCAAGGAGCUUCUUUCUGGGGAGAAGGAAGGUCUCCUCCAGCUUCCAACUGAUAAGACACUUCUGGAAGACCCAGUCUUUCGACCUCUUGUUGAAAAAUAUGCUGCGGAUGAGGAUGCCUUCUUUGCUGACUAUGCAGAAGCCCAUUUGAAGCUCUCCGAGCUUGGGUUUGCCGAAUGUUAAGAUUUACUCGAGGAAAGCUAGGGCAUUUAGACUGCUUGAGCCCACAUCACAUUUUCAAUUCUUGGUUGCCUAGCUGUAGUAUCCAUCUACUUUGCUCCAUAUCUACAAUAUAUUGAAUAAUACAAGUAUGUUUUUUUGUGGCUGAUUGCUCUCUACGAUGUAAUACACUCAACGAAUUGUCUCGAAAAAUGCCUUUAAACUCUUGCUAAUGCCUUAUUGUAUCAAACAGUCCGUGUCAUCACUUGAUUUGUGUUGAUCUUUAUAUUACUGCACUAUAUCCUGUGAUUGGAGCUAAAUUGUAGCGGGAUUUGAACCCACGUACCAGUGCAA